CAACGGUUAUUUUAGGAAGGUGCUGCAGUGCUCUGUUGAACAGAUCUGUGUUCUCCAGACGACCUUCGUUCUCGCCAUCAUGGAGGUCAUAUACAUCAACUCCUCUGUGCUCUACGUCGCUCACAGACCCUACAACUCCACUGUUGGUGAGAAGACUGUCUAUGCGCAAUGCAAAGACAUGCCAGCUGUCCUCAUUUGGUACCUGGGCCUUCAGUUUAUCAACAUGUUCCUGGGCAUACCAGCCAACCUCAUCGUGCUGUGGCUCAUCCACAAGAACAAAGGUGACUCCUCCACCUCAGAUAUCUUCAUCCUUCACCUGGCGAUAUUAGAUGUGUUCUUCUGCCUCAUCCCUCCUCUUGAAUUGGCCAACAUAGUCUUCCUCACCACCAGCAGCACCUGGUAUGUCCUGCGCUUCUUCUACGGCCUUAAAGAUGCAUCACCACUGUUUCUUUCCUGCAUCUGCUUGGACCGGUACGUAGCUGUGGUCCACCCCAUCACCUUCACUGAGCUCAAAGACCGACAUCACAGAGCAGUCCUGGCCAUAGUGGUCUGGAUUAUCAUUUUGGCCUAUGCUGCUGCUAAAUGUGUAGGCAACAUUCCCAACUUUGAGAAGGUCUUCACAGCGAUGAUACUUGGAGCAUUUGCUUUCAUGGUCUUCUGCAACAUUGCCAUUCUGUGGGCACUGCGGCAGUCAGGGCCCGGCAGAGAUGAGAUGCACCCUGUGAAGAAGAGAGCCUGCAAAAUGGUCCUCAUCAUCCUGGCCAUCAUCGUGUUCAACUACUUUCCACCUGUGGCGCUGUUCCCCUUCCAGGAAUAUUUCUCUCCUGACGUGUUUCGAUGCUAUAUUCACUACGUGGCCUUCGGCUUGAUGGAUUUCAGCAGCACCGUUCAACCGAUGCUCUACCUCUCCAAGGAAAAGAUGCCACAGAGCCUCAACUGUUGUCACAGCUGCACCACUCAUGCACAAUAGGCCCACAUGAAAGGUUUCUAAACGUGGCACAAAAAGUAAGAACAUUUGUGUUUGGAUAAUUAUUUCUUUGUUAAAACAAUGCUUCUUCACAAUAAAUCUUAAAUAGUGUUAGAAAGCGUGUUUAUUUCUCUUUGAAAUGGUUAAUUUGUGGGUUGAGCAGCAAAGUAUUUGGGUUGCGCCCAUGAAAAUAUGAAAACCAAAUCUUCUCUGCCAAUGCCAAACAGCUUAUUCUGCUAUUGGUUUGUGUCGUUUAUUGGACUGGAUGAUUGAAGUCUUCAGAAACCAGACAUAUUGUCAAUUUAACAAUGUAUUUGUUCAACGAACAGGGGCCUCAGUAGCAUGUGGAAGAACCAUACACAGCCUGGAAGCUCCUCCUCAUGCUGGUCACACACUGCUGUGGGAUGGCAUCCCAUUCUUCAACCAGCAUUUGUCGCAAGUCAGCCAAUGUGGUUGUGCUGGUCACUCUGGUACAAACAGCCCGUCCAAGCUGAUGCCACCAGAGUUUAAAUUGGUUGAGGUCAGGACUGCAGGCAGGCCAAUUUAUCCUCUCCAUUCCCAAGUUCUGGAGGUAGUCUCCGAUAAAUCCCACUCUGUGGAGGCGAGUGUUCCCACAGUUGGUCCCAGACUGUGGAUAUAUGGAAUUGCCACUGCCUCCAAUUAUGACAAGCUAUUACACUAUCAGUGCAGCAAUCAGCAUUGCGUUCUCUGCGUCUUCUCCACACUUUGACCCUACGAUCCAACUGUUGUAGGCAGAAUCUGGACUCAUCGCUGAACAUAUAAUGUUUCUCCACAUGUUCAGGUUCCAGUGCACAUGUUGCCAACACUACAGUAGUGUAAACAGGGCAGUCAUGGUAGGCUUCCUGGCAGCGCUAUGAGACUAGAGAUUGGCUGUGUGCAGUCUAUUGCGGAUGUCCAGACUGUCUCUGACAUGCCCUGUUAUAUGGACAGUUUGCAGAUGGUACUAAGGUUCACUCAAAAUAAUGCUGCAACUUUGUUUUGUGAAAAAAACACCAGCUUAAAGUUGCCCUAGGGCACAGACCAUGUACAGGGCAGUCAAAUGUGGCAUGCUUGGAGCAGACACCACCUGAGCGCUAUAACAGGGUCAAUGCUUCACAGGCACCAGCAGAAUUAGCUGUUUUUCAUGGGCACAACCCACAUACUCAACUGCAAAUCCCACAAAUGUAUUAUCCUUGCAAAUGUGGCACAAUUUGAAAGGGAAAUAAACUGCCUUUCCAACUGUAUAAGAUGUAUUGACAUGCAGGAUUGUUACAACAGCAAUAACAACACACAUUGACUAAUCACAAAUGUUCUGGGUUUAUAUUAAAGUUAUCUUAUGAAUGUACCAACAUACUGCAAUAUGAAUGUGCUAAAGUGGUUAAAUACAAGAAUAGUCUAUUUAAAUUGUCAGAUUUAAUAUGGAUUUCUGACAUUUUUUCGCACCUCCAAAAUAGGUAUAACCACUGAAAAUAAAGUACUUGAGCACAUUUUUUAGCUCAUGACCCUGUUAGAACUUAGCAUUACCACAGUUCACUUAAAGGCCCAAUGUGUAAGAAUUAGUGACAUCUAAGGGUGAGAAUCCUGCAUACAGUCACUGUAUAAAUACAACAGGACCACUAAUUUAUGUCUUAACACCAAUAUUUCAAAACUCAAACCAUUUUCACUUUUCACACAAAUAAUGCAUAUAGGUAAUGUUAUUUCUGCGUCCUGCUUUGACUGUAUACUGUUUGCUUAUUCUGCUUCUACAUAUAGUGAGACACUUCAGCUCCAAGUUUUCUCCAAAUCAAUGGAUUUUCAACUAUUCCAUUACAAAAAGACUGUAUCUCCAUGUUACACAUGCAUUGUAAGUCUGUAUUUCAUUUCAAUGACAUAUUAUACAUGCACAUAAACAGUCAGUAUGAAUUUGUAACGCUACACAUGAAUAUGCACAUUAUAUGUAUAAUACACGUGAUUUCUCUUAUCUAUUUGUAGACUGUCAUUUUACUGUAUUUCGUUCGACAUUUAGCCUUCAACUGCUGUCAAAUUCACUCUAAAUAAAUAUCAAUCAAGAUUAAACUUAUCUCAUUUUCUUUUCUGUCAACUUUGACUUGGUUACAGUUUGACUUUAGUUUAAAUUUCACAAAUCAUCCCUGCAAUUUGUUUGCCCCUAACGUAAGCUAUUUGUUAUGCAUUAUUUGAACUAAAUAUCUGUGAUCUGCGGGAGGGUUAGUGAUAUGUCACUGUUUGGACCAAUCAUCCUUUAGUACAGACUUCUCCAUCACAAUUACUAACACUGUCAAUUUUAAUAUUGUGUGAGACCUUCAGUCCUCCUUUAGGGAGUUACCAGUAUUUGCAUAAUAGCACAGAUAUUAUUAGUUCACACGUAUGUGGGAAACAAGGUGUUGUCUGGAGUCAGGAUGUGCAUAUGCUGUUCAUAUCACCUUUAGGUACAGCGAU